AUGAAAGGCCUCUCUCCUCGUCAGUCAACCUUUGGCUGGCUUCUGUGUCACAGGAAGCUUCCUACUGAUGAUAUCAUGAGGAAAAAAGGCAUCUCUUUAGCCUCCAAAUGCAUCAUGUGCGGUUUCCACUCUGAGACUCUGCCCCAUCUCUUCUUAAAUUGUAGUGUAUCUCGGAUCAUCUGGGAAAAUUUCUUGAGCUGUUUUGGUUUGAUUUGGAAGGAUCAAUCCUCAAUUGCUGAAUUGAUCUCCUGGUGGAAACGAAAGCGAAGAAUUUUGUCGGUAAAGGACCCUUGGGCGGCUGGCUUGAUUAUAGUGACCGACACUAUCUGGAAAGAAAGGAAUCAUCGAUGGCAUGGUGGUAAGAGUAGGGAUGCCUCUCUGCUGUUCAAGAAAAUAUUGAGAACGCUUAAGGAGUCUAAUCUCGACUUAAAAGGGGUCAUUCGGUCUACUGCUGAUCUUCUUUGCUGCAGGAAGCUAGGGUUACAUGCAGCUCCAGGCGACCCUCCCUCCAUUCUUGAAGUCAUUUGGUGCAAGCCUCCACUCGCCUGGUCAAAGAUAAAAAUUGAUGGUAGUUCCAUGGAGAACCCUGGUCGAGCAGGAGGUGGGGUCGUCAUUCGUGACUCCAAUGGGAAAGUUAUAUUCUCCUUCAAGAACUUCCUUGGCAUCAGUAUGAACUACUAUGCAGAAUUCAUGAGUUUUCUUCAUGGUAUCCGCCAUGCAAUGGGUCAAAGGAUUACAAACUUGUGGAUUGAAACUGACUCUGUGGCAGUAGUCACCGCUGUUCAAGGCAAGUCUCUCCCUUGGUUUGCCCUGCAAAAGUGGCUCUCUCUACAGCACUACCUCAAUUCUAUUUCCUGGAAGAUUACUCAUUGCUUCAGGGAAGCUAAUCCCAUUGCGGAUUACCUUGCAAAAUCAGCUGCAAAAACAGGAUUAUCUGGAACCAUGAAGGACUUUCCUACUCAUAUUAUUGAGGAGAUUAGAUGGGAUUCUUUCUCCAAACCAAGAUUUAGAUUAUGA